CAAGGCGGGCCGCGCCGCGCUCCGUGCGCUCCGGGGCUCUGAGGCCGUAGUUGUUCGCGCUCCUCUCGGGGCGCCCGUAGGCCGCGAGCACCGUGCUGCGCUGAGGGGGGCUGAGAGCCACAUGUGAACCGGCGGCCGGCUGCGGGGCGGUGGGGGGUGCCGCGACCCGCUGGGCAAAAUGACAUCGCGGAGAUGGUUUCAUCCAAAUAUUACUGGAGUGGAGGCAGAAAAUCUACUGUUAACAAGAGGAGUUGAUGGCAGCUUCCUGGCACGGCCCAGCAAGAGUAACCCCGGAGACUUCACACUCUCUGUUAGGCGAACUGGAGCUGUCACCCACAUCAAGAUCCAGAACACAGGAGACUAUUAUGACCUCUAUGGAGGAGAGAAGUUUGCUACAUUGGCUGAGUUAGUCCAGUAUUACAUGGAGCAUCAUGGGCAGCUCAAAGAAAAGAAUGGAGAUGUGAUAGAGUUGAAAUAUCCACUGAACUGUGCUGAUCCUACUUCGGAAAGGUGGUUUCAUGGGCAUCUCUCUGGAAGAGAAGCUGAAAAACUGUUAACAGAAAAAGGAAAACAUGGAAGCUUUCUUGUGCGUGAGAGUCAGAGCCACCCUGGGGACUUUGUUCUUUCUGUCCGGACGGGAGAUGAUAAAGGAGAGAGUAAUGAUGGGAAAUCUAAAGUGACACAUGUCAUGAUUCACUGCCAGGACCUAAAAUAUGAUGUUGGUGGAGGGGAGAAGUUUGACUCUCUAACAGAUCUAGUAGAGCAUUAUAAGAAGAACCCUAUGGUAGAAACUUUGGGCACAGUAUUGCAACUCAAGCAGCCUCUGAAUACCACCCGUAUUAAUGCUGCAGAGAUUGAAAGCAGAGUGCGAGAGCUAAGCAAGCUAGCAGAGACUACAGAUAAAGUCAAGCAGGGCUUCUGGGAAGAAUUUGAGACUUUACAGCAGCAAGAAUGCAAACUUCUCUAUAGCCGUAAAGAAGGUCAGCGUCAAGAGAACAAAAACAAAAAUAGAUACAAAAACAUUUUACCCUUUGAUCAUACCAGAGUUGUUCUGCAUGAUGGUGAUCCAAAUGAGCCUGUUUCAGACUAUAUCAAUGCUAAUAUUAUUAUGCCUGAGUUUGAAACAAAGUGCAACAACUCAAAGCCCAAAAAAAGCUACAUUGCUACUCAAGGUUGCCUGCAGAAUACAGUGAAUGAUUUUUGGAGGAUGGUGUUCCAGGAGAAUUCUCGAGUUAUUGUUAUGACAACAAAAGAAGUUGAAAGAGGAAAGAGUAAGUGUGUCAAGUACUGGCCUGAUGAAUAUUCCCUAAAGGAGUAUGGUGUUAUGCGUGUGAGGAAUGUUAAGGAGAGUGCAGCACAUGACUACACACUAAGAGAACUUAAGCUUUCUAAAGUUGGGCAAGGGAACACAGAGAGAACAGUCUGGCAAUAUCAUUUCAGAACUUGGCCUGAUCAUGGAGUCCCAAGUGACCCUGGUGGUGUACUGGACUUUCUCGAGGAGGUGCACCAUAAGCAAGAAAGCAUUUCUGACGCAGGACCAGUUGUGGUCCACUGCAGUGCUGGGAUUGGACGAACAGGAACUUUCAUUGUGAUUGAUAUUCUUAUUGACAUAAUCAGAGAAAAAGGUGUGGACUGUGAUAUUGACGUUCCAAAGACCAUCCAGAUGGUGAGAUCGCAGCGGUCAGGAAUGGUUCAAACAGAAGCACAGUACAGAUUUAUUUACAUGGCAGUACAGCACUACAUUGAAACCCUACAGCGCAGAAUUGAAGAGGAGCAGAAAAGUAAGAGGAAAGGUCACGAAUACACAAACAUUAAAUAUUCUUUAUCGGACCAGACAAGUGGGGAUCAGAGCCCUCUUCCACCCUGUACCCCAACCCCAACGUGUCCAGAAAUGAGGGAAGAUAGUGCUAGAGUAUAUGAAAAUGUGGGGCUGAUGCAACAGCAGAAAAGUUUCAGAUGAGAUGAUGUACAGACUUCAGUGCAAAGGCAGAAAUGAAUAUGGUUUUUAAAAAGGUCAAGAAAGAGAUGGAAGAAGCUUCACGUGAAAGCUGAACUCUGAAGGCUUGGUACCUUUUUAAUUUACGGUUUUAAUCCUUCAACAGUAGGCAAAACUUAAGACCAUCUAAAGAUUGUUUAUAACUCUUCUCUCCAAUGCCUGAUUUACAAUUGCUCAUUUUCCAAAUAAAAGGAAAUCCUAUCUACAAUGUAGACAACUACUUUGUAGAGUCAGUUUUGAAUCCAGCAAACUGUUGGAUUGUCAUCCAUGUGGUUGUUUUUUUUAAAUAGUGUUUUUGUUUCAUAAUAUGGCUAUUAGUCGGUUUUGGUGUUUUGUGCGUUUGUUUUCAUUUGAGCCAUUGUGGGUUUUUUUGUCACAGGUGGUGGGAGAACAAUGAUAUAGAUAUAAAUCUGUUAGACUAAUGUAAAAUAAUGAUGGGAACAAUACUUGAUUGAAAACUGUGGAUCACCAGUGUGAGUAGAAUCAGCUACGUGGUAAAAUUAGUCCUAAUACAUUUCAAACUCAGACUGAGUUCUGUAAGGGUGAGCAGUAUAUGAAGGUGCUUGUGGUGACUGAUAGCUUUGAUUACUACUUAGCUGAGUGGCUGACUGAGCUAUUUUUGAGUAAUUAUGUAAGAUAGCCUUUAUCAAAGGAAACUUCUUUUACGUGUUCUCUACCCAAAAUAGAAAUUUACUGUAUCUCUCCCAAGGCAUGGUGGCCUAAUGUAAUCCUCUUGUGAGGAUACUAUCUCUGUUCAUUUGUCUGUGUUCAUCUAUUAAGCAAGAGAUUGGAUGUGCUGAGUUUGAGGAAUUUUAAAAUUUGCAUGCUGACACCUUAACAGCAUAGUGAAAAACAGAGUGAAACAAGUAACCCACUAUGCAGGCUCUUAGCUCACUGUAAGGUAAGCCUCUUCUCCCUUCCCCUGGGGAGAUGGAAGCUGCUGGGCCUUCUAGUUUUCAGUAAGACCUUAGGACAGAAUAAGUGGCUCAAUUAAAGUUUUGUGGGGGAAAGCAGUGCAUGGAAGCUGGUUAUCCACUGAAAUUGCCUUGGUUGAAAAGGGCAGAAUGGACAGCGAGGCCAGCAGGCUCGUUCUGGUUUGUUUCAUCAGACAGGAGUUUAUUACCAUUCCACCUGAAGUGCCUUUCAGAGCUGCGUUGAAAUUGCUGUUCCUAUUAGAUUAAAAAUCAUGUUCAUCUGAAACCACUUCUGAUUGUUGUCAAUGAAAUGGAGCCCUCUGCUAGAGAGAGACCACAGAACGCCGAGCUGCUGUUGAGCUGCCAGGUAACUGGGUUCCUUCACUUGGUUUGCUCUGUCCUGUUUCCUGGACCAGAAGCUCCCCUUAAAGCUGUGUGCACUAGUGAUAAAACCAGUCCCUAACAGUAGGAUCUGGUGGUGUCUUACCAACAUCUUCCCCUGCGUUCCUGGGGAAAUUCUGUGACUUCAUGGUUAAGGAUUUAUUGCCAUUUCUGUUCAGUGCAUACAGAUGGUGAGCACUGCAUCAACUUGCUGUAGGCAUGGUGCAGGGCCAAUGAAAUUGCAUUAUUGGCCUUACUAGUGAAAUUAUGCUAAAGCUUGGAAUGUAAUUAAUGCAGCUUUGUGAAAGGUUAAGUGGGAGAUUACAUUACCUUUUCCUGAGAGUGCUUAGCAAAAUCAAAUAUUUGAACACUUUGUUUGAACUGAAUGAAGGUGCUUCUUUAAUGUUAAGCAGAAUUUUGUUACUUUGCCUGUUGUCCUUUUUGUCUUCUGAGGCUUUGGGUUUUCUUUUCUCUCUCUUUUUUUUUUUUUUUUUCUUUUUUGGAACUCCUGUCACCAGCAUACCAUAAUGCAUUUUAAUGUCGUAGCCUUAUAGUCUAAUCAUAAUAUUUACUCCCCUUCUCCAUCUGAAAUUCUGUCGUGAUGAGGGAGAAAUCUAUUCCUCUGGUAGCGAGAUCUGUUCUGCAUUGCCUGCCUCCUUCCCUGUCCCUGCGUACAGCUUCAUCCUGCUGAACAGAGAUCAGCUCGAGGUGUUGGUAUUUGCACAGAGCAAUUGAUGGCAGUCUCAAUAUUUAUUUAAAGCUUGGUGUGGAGGUAGAUGAAUUCUACACUUCAUAUAUUAGAGCAAGGUGGAAUGCAUGUUCUGUACCAAACCGAAGUCAUGGUGAAAGUCAAGAGAAACCAGAGAAGGACCCUGAAUGACUGAACUCUGUUUUGAACUCUGUCAAUGUGAUGUCUUAAAAGAUUGACCUCUAGAAGCAGCAAUCAGUUAUGUGGCCAACAUAAGGUUGCCUCUUUCAACCUCAUUUUAGCUGUUUAGAAGCUGCCACUGUAGGAUUUCUAUUUUUUUUCUUGGAGCCAAGGAAUUCUUUCUCCAGAAUGUGUAUUAAUCCCGAGGAGUGAACGGUGGAAGAAUGUUGAUGAGGAGAAGCAGAAUCAAAAAGGUUGGGAAUAAAUACUGUGCUUCUAACGUUCUAACUGGAGUGUUGGACCAUGCUGGAUGCCAAAGGGGAAACCUUGCAAGAGAAAACCUGCCUGCCCUUCAUGCAAGAGCAAGAGAGGGAUCAUUUUUGGAGCAUUAAAAAAGUUGUUUUACACAAUGUGUGGAUUUUUAUUACGGAUGAAGCAAGAAAGAGAUACGUCCUUUGGUUUAGGGGAGAUAAGUGAAUAUGUGGGUUUCAUGUAUUUCUAGUGAGUUUUUUUAGAGAAAUCUUGUGCAUUGAUCUGCAAGCUGUGGCUGAAUCAGUGGAACAGAAAAGGGAUGCAGUUCUGAAGCAUUCUGUUAGGGAAGACUUCAUACCACAAAGGAAACUUUAACCCAAUCCUAAGGCACAACGAUUUAUGCCAGCAUGAAUUUGCUGCAGACUUCAUUUCACUGAAUGUUUCAUAGCAUACUUUAAUUUCAGCUAGCUGUUGUUAGGACUGAUUGGUUCUCCUAUUAAUCCUGACCAAACUGUUACUUCUUCCUCUUAAGAUAUGUCUCUGAAACACAAUUAACCAGGAUACAGCUAACGAAACCCUAAAACCCAUUUCCUUUUUCAUUGUAACGAUGGAGAAAAUCACAGCUGGUACUAGGAUGUGUUGUCAGCUUUUGGUUUGUCAUUAUUUCAAAUUUUUUAAUUUUUCCCUUUGAAAUAGUGAAACAUGUAAUUAAUAAUUUCAAGCCUGUUUUAUUUAUGACCUUAUUGUGAUUUUUUUUAUUACAGUACUAAAAACUAAUGAAAAAGGAUCUUAUUAGGUGGAGUAGACCUUGCAUUUUUUUUUUUCCUGCAGUGUAUGAAGUAUUGUACCAGAGUAUUAAAUGAAAUUGUAAUAUUUUAUUGAAAAAAAUCUCUAUCCUUUAAAAGGAAUGCAUUUAGGAUGUCAUCAAUUUGAUGUGAAUCAUGUAAAUGUUGAUAAUGCGCUGUUUAUCAUACAUUCAGUGUUUCAAAACUCUUGCUUCUUGCCUCUUGCCCAUAUACGUUCUGUAGACCAUUUACAAUUGUCAAAAUGUGACAUUAAAAUAAUAGUUCAUGUAUAGAAA